CGUUGUUCUCAUCGUUACUUCUUGAGUUGUACAUGUGAUCAGUAUAAAUUUUUCGUGAAAAGUGUGAAAUAAAGAAAGUUGAUAAUUUUCAAACAUAAUAAAGAACAUAAUUACUUUUUUGGAAACAGACAUAUAACGAAUAAUAUGCAACCUUGGAAAACGUCACGUAAAUUUAAUUAUUCCAAACGACAUGCCAAUCGCAUUCUAAAAAAGCAAUUAGAAGAUGAUUUGAAAGAGUUGACGAAUCCAGAGAAAAUCCAGGAUUUUUUAUCUGAUACAAUUCCUUCAACAAGUGAUGGACAAUGCAGUGCACCCACCCCGAAUUUUGUGUACGAUGAAUCGUCAUAUUUUAACUGUAGUCAGAAUGAGGAAGAAAAAUUUUUCGACGCAGAAUCGUGGCAUGAUGAAGAUGUCAACAUGAGCUUUGACAGAGAAAAUUACAACUCUGAGGAAACAGAUGCUAAAACGCAAGACGAUCAUGAGACUCUUGAUUUUGACGUGAGCAGCGAAGGUUCGAUAUUUGACGACGAUUAUGAUGAUUAUUGCUCUGACGGUUUGGAUUCCGAUGAUUUAUUCGAAUUUGAUUUUGACUCUGAUGAACUUUCCGAGAAAAGUGUAGAUACAGAAGGGGAAAUGCAACAUGAUGAAAAAAACUUACAACAAGAAACUGCACUGAGGAACGCAUUGCAUCAAUGGGCUUUAAAAUUUCACGUAACUCUAGUUGCAUUAACAGCUUUGCUUCUUCUUUUAAAACCGUUUUUGCUAUUCUCCUUGCCAUCUGAUGCUAGGACAUUAAGGGGAACUGUUAGGAAUGUUAAAAUUGUUAAAUUAGCUGGAGGCGAAUACCAUUACUUUGGUUUGGAGAGAGCAGCAGUGGCUAUUCUUCGAGAUUAUUCGAGAGAAAGGAAAGAAGUAAAAGAAUUAAAAUUAACAUUCAAUAUCGAUGGUUUGCCGAUAUCUCAUUCUGGUACUGAAGGUUUUUGGUUGAUUUCGUGCUCUGAACAGAAUUCAAAAAAAGUUUAUUUAGUCGCAGCUUUUUAUGGUCCGAAGAAACCAUCCGACGCCAAUGAGUUCAUAGAAGAAUUUGUUCGGGAAUUAACUGCUUUAUGUAACAAUGGCUUAAGGGAGAAACAGGUUUUAAUUUCUUGUUCUGCGUUAAUAUGUGAUGCUCCCGCAAAAUCAUUUAUUUUAUAUUUAAAGGGACACACUGGUUACAAUAGCUGUUCAAAAUGUUUGAUAAAGGGCGAAUACAUUAGCCGUAAAAGUAAACGUAACGGAAAAGAGCGAAACGGAACGGUUUGUUUUCCUGGAAUUGGGCCGUUUCGUAUGAAAACUGACGAAGGAUUUUCGCAAAAUGUAUAUGAAGAGUAUGACACCGGAAAAGAAACACUAUUGAAAAUUAUUCCAAAUUUUGGCUGCAUAUCGUGCGUUCCCCUCGAUUAUAUGCAUCUCAUCUUGUUGGGCGUUGUCAAAAAACUCAUUCGUCUCUGGAUAAUGGGCCCGCUGUCAGUCAGAUUGGGAGCAACAGAUGUCACAAAAAUGUCUAAAAUAUUGCUCAUUUUAAAGAAAAGUACGCCAAUGGAAUUUAACAGAAAGCCACGUUCACUUGCCGAAUUCACUCACUGGAAGGCCACCGAAUUCAGGACUUUCCUUUUAUACACUAGACCAGUUGCUUUAAAGAAUAUUUUGAAACCGGAAAUGUAUGAUAAUUUUGUAUUGCUGCACACUGCAGUAUCAAUGUUGGUGAGUGAAUGUUAUGUUCAGACAUCGGAAAAUAUAGAUAAAUGUCAAAAAAUGUUUGAAGAUUUCGUUCUUGGGUUUCAACGGAUUUAUGGUAAACAGUAUGUUUCCCACAAUGUACACAAUUUAUUGCAAAUCUGUUCGGACGUAAAAAAGAAUGGCGCCCUUGAUAAAUUCAGCGCCUUUAAAUUCGAAAAUGAGAUGUCAUCAAUAAAGAAAAUGGUCAGAAAGGGUCACAAACCUUUAGAGCAGAUUGCUCGAAGGUAUUCUGAACGAGAAAAAUUUGAGCAACCGCUAAUGGAAAAAUCGUACUCUUUAAUUGCUGAACAUAACAGUGGUCCUUUAUCAAGAGAUUGUCUAAAUAUUAAAAAACAAUAUAAAAGAUUAAAGUACAAGGACUUGACAAUUGAUUGCACGACACCUAAGGAUAAUUCUAUUUUACUAAAAGAUGGUACUUUCUGCGCAGUGAAAAACAUUGUGGUAUCUCACAUCAAUGACAUCCUGUUCAUUGUAAAGCCAUUUUUAAAGACAAACUACAGCCUCUAUUCAAAUCCUGAUUCAAGAAACAUUGAUAUUUAUAUUGCUGCAAAUUCAAGGAAGUCAGAAUUCGCCACACCUAUUAGCAAUCUACGAUCAAAAGUAUGGCGAAUCCCAAGCCAAGAAGGAAUAAAUUUUCUUCCUCUGAGACACACUCCUUUAUCAAAUUAAAUAAAAGACACGCAAAUUCCAGUUUCUGGACAAAAGAAACAAUAAUUUUAUACUUGGACUAAUAGAAUUGACGACAUAUACAUAUUGAAAGGAAAUACGUGAAAAUAAUUUCUUCAAACAACUUAAAUUUAUUUCUAUAAAGGACCAAAUUUAUUUAUUUACUUCCGAGAAUUAUGACUUCAAACUAUACUUCCCAAAAAGGAUGUCGAAAAACGAUAUAACAAAUGUGUUGGCAGACAAAUCUCAGAGUUAUAUAAAAAGGCAAGCUAUUUGGUAAUUCUUUUGCUUUGUAUUUUUAAAAUACUUGAA